CAAACUCAUCAACAUGGCCUGCAAGCUGAUCGUCCUCGCCGCCUUCGUGGCCGUGGCCCGUGCCGGCUACCUGGGCGCACCCGCCGUGGUCGCCCCCGGCGCCCCUCUGGCUGCCCGCGCCUACGCCGCCCCCGUGGCGUACGCUGCCCCCGCACUCCGUGCUGCCCCUGUGGCGUACGCCGCCCCUGCGCUGCGUGCCGCCCCCCUGGCCGUCGCCCCCGCCGUGAGGGCCGCCCCCGUCGCCGUCGCCGCCCCCGCCGCCGUGGCCGCCGAGUACGACCCCAACCCCCAGUACAGUUACGCCUACAACGUGCAGGACGCCCUCACCGGUGACUCCAAGGCUCAACAGGAGACCCGCAACGGAGACGUCGUCCAGGGCAGCUACAGCCUGGUCGAGCCCGACGGUUCCAUCCGCACUGUCGACUACACCGCCGACCCCGUGAACGGCUUCAACGCCGUCGUGCACAAGGAGGCCGGCGCCCACCCUGCCCCCGUCGUUGCCAAAGUGGCCGCCCCCGUCGCCUACGCCGCCCCCGCCAUCGCUAAGGUCGCUGCUCCCCUUGCCUACGCCGCCCCCGCCUAUGGCAAGGCUAUCCUGGGUCUGAUCGUCCUCGCUGCCUUCGUGGCUGUGGCCCGCGCCGGCUAUCUGGGAACCCCAGCAGUGGUCGCCCCCGCCGUCAGGGCUGCUCCCCUGGAAGACAUGCAUCGCCAGUUCUCAGCUCCACACAGCAAGAAACUCAUCGACAUGGCCUGCAAGCUGAUCGUCCUCGCCGCCUUCGUGGCUGUGGCCCGCGCCGGCUACCUGGGUGCCCCCGCAGUCUACGCCCCCGGCGCCCCCAUCGCCGCCCGCGCCUACGCCGCCCCCGUGGCGUACGCCGCCCCAGCCCUUCGUGCUGCUCCCGUGGCAUACGCCGCCCCCGCUCUGCGCGCCGCUCCCCUGGCCGUCGCCCCCGCCGUGAGAGCCGCCCCCGUCGCAGUCGCCGCCCCCGCCGCCGUGGCCGCCGAGUACGACCCCAACCCCCAGUACAGCUACGCCUACAGCGUGCAGGACGCCCUCACCGGUGACUCCAAGAACCAGCAGGAGAGCCGCAGCGGAGACGUCGUCCAGGGCAGCUACAGCCUGGUCGAGCCCGACGGCUCCGUGCGCACCGUCGACUACACCGCCGACCCCGUCAACGGCUUCAACGCCGUCGUGCACAGGGAGGCCGCUGCCCACCCCGCCCCCGUCGUCGCCAAGGUGGCCGCCCCCGUCGCCUACGCCGCCCCCGCCGUCGCUAAGAUCGCCGCCCCUGUGGCUUACGCCGCCCCGGCCAUUGCUAAGUACGCUGCCCCCCUUGCCUAUGGCAAGGCUAUCCUGGGCUAAGCUACAUAAAUAGUUGACCAUGCUGUAUUUAUUAUGUGUGAAUGC